AGAGUUGGUACGGCCCCCAAGGUGGAGUUCGAAGGCCACACAGGGGUAUAUAUAAGAAGAGGGUGAAGUCGAGGCAUCAACAGGUCUUGUCUUCAGAGCAAGCAGCAAGCAAGCAGCCAUGAAGGUCUUGGUCAUCCUCGCUCUCUGCCUAGUGGCCCUCGCAGCCGCACGCCCUUCGGACAUCGUGGACUUCGAGUUGGACAACCACGAGCAGGAGCAGGAGGGUCAGCCAGGAAGGGCCGUCGAGGGCGAGUACUCCUGGGUAGCGCCCGACGGCAACGAGUACUACGUCAAGUACGUCGCCGACCACCUCGGCUACAGGGUCGUCGAGGACAACGUCGUACCCCAAGCUCCCGAGGCUGACCUCCCCGAGGUCGAGGAUGACUAGGAGUAGACUAUUAAAUGGCUGAGAUAUGCAUGAUUUGAAGAUUGGCUUUGAAUAAAGAUUAUUUUUCCAUAAAAA